AUGUUAGUUAGUGAUUAUCCAGAUGGAAUAAUUACAAACUUUACUUGGACGGUUAUUAGAAUGACAAUCGCCAAUACAUUAGAUACAAAAUUGGAUUAUCAAGAUUAAAUAUAUUCAGUUGCAGUAUUCUUUUGUUUAUGUCUUUGUAUAUACAUUAAAAAUGUACAUUUGCGAAAGGCGUAUAUGUUCUCGAUUAGAGACAGUUCAUGGGGUAUUAAUUUAUAAUAACCUAACUUAAAGAAGUUUUGUUACCAUAACUUAUUUCCAAGCCAACUUUCAUAUUUACUUGCAAUGAAGAGAAAUAAUAGUUUUAGAUUUCCAGGAUGAUUCAAAUGCACUUUUUGAUGAAUGUUGAAAAUCCUUUGUUGCACUACUUAAGAAAUACAAGAUUAGGAAAUAAGACAUUAGAAUAAUACAUUUGGGACAAGGCCAAAUAAAGAUCAAAUUCCUCAAUUAGAUACACAAUUGAAAACUUAACUGUCCAUUACAAUAAGAAAUAAUAACAAAUAACUUUUUCUGAGUGCCUUUUAGACACGGUGACUUUUAUACUUGUAAUAGACUCAGAAGAUAAAAGUUUUAUUGAAUUAAGAAAGAAACAGUAAAGUAUUUAAGAACAACAUACUAAUUAAAUUUUGAAGGUGUUUAAAAGCCAACAAAGUAUUAUAAAGAGAGGGUUGAAGGAGAAAAAUUUUGAUUUAAUUUUUGAUUUAAGCAUUGCAAUGGUAUAAAUGAUUUAAAGAUGUCAAUUAAAUAAGAGUUGUUUGAGAUUAGUGAAUCUAACAAAUUUGUUAGAUUAUAUAAUUAAAUAAUUCUAAUAAAAAGAGGGAUCUGAAUACGAUUUCUAGUGUAAUUAAAAUAUCUUAAUUUUAACAAUUUAACCUUUAUUGGUUUCAUAUUUACUAUAUUUAUUUUAAAACAUGAGGCAAUUCAACCAUAUUAGAGUAGAAUUAUCCAGGAUAAAUGGACAAAUAUAACUACAAAUAUUAGGAUAACUUUAAAAGUAAAUGGAUUCAUUUUAUGAAUAAGUAGAAAAAAUCUUAAUGAAAAAAAAAAUAAUAAUCUAGUCUUGUAAAUAUGUUUGUAAUAAUUAGGUACAAUACUUUUAUUUAAUGAAUCUCCAAUGUUGUCCUUUAAUUCUACAAUCAUUCCAUAAAAAUCUAAUUGA